AUGUCAUCCCAAUACUCUGCUGCAUUCUCUCGUGCCAUGUCCCCUACCCUGGACGCACUCACCCAGGCCGUCGUCAACAACACUGUCUUCGGCGUCAACGAUGAAGCAGGCCGCCAUAACGCUCUUAUCGACGAGCUGGCCACUGUGGUCAUCAAAAAAAUAGCUGAGUGCCGCUCCGUUGACCAAGUCAUAGACUGCGUCUUUUUUGACUAUCGUGCUGCCCUCAGGGAGUUUCUCCUCAACCUCGCAUCGUGGUGCGACAAGAGGGAAACAGUCAAGGCUAGCCUCGAGCGCCUUGAAUCUGCCGUUAGCGCAGGCAACACGCCCAAUCGCCUUAAGGUGAAGGCGCCCGAGUUCCAACUCACGAAGGAAUUCGCGGAUGCCGGGUCAGCGGAGGCUCUUCGAGUCUCCACUACGUUCUCUACCGCUCGUGACGUCUUCCAAAAGACGAUUAACGACGGCGCCAUUCAGGCGAAAAAGGACGAGCUGGCCUUUUGGGAUGAUAAAUGCGCGCUCAACUCUUGCUACGAAGCUGCUGCCCUCAUCGUUAAGGCAACUUACGAUGACCGCAAAUCCAGCUACAAGCUCCCUGUUUUCUCUACAGACAACAAGGGAGUCCGACGUAUAGCAGAGUGGGUAGUGUCUCCGCAAAAGAAAGCCGAAUGCAGUGCGCUGCAAACUAUACUGCCGGCGAUCUUUUCUCAUAUCAAACAGAUUGUCAACAUGCGCCACCGCGCCUUGGCAAUUAAGAUUGAGAAAAAGCGGACGACUGCGGCAACAGCCGAUGUCGAGAUGGCCGACGCGACCAAACCAGGUCCGUCGAUUCAAUCCCUUAUUGAUAAGGGCUUGAAUGCACGUCUCAAGAAGCUCAACCUUGGAUCUGUGGGCAAGAAGGCAAGUUUUCGUAACCCUUCACCCAUAAUUCUGGACACUAAUUAUUACUCUAAUUACCCAGACUUUGUCUGGCCCGAAUUCGUCCAAGGCUCCUCAACCUCAGGCCAGAAAAGCUGGCCCUUCGAAACCCAAGUCGUCGUCGACGCCUUUGCAGAGGAAGCCUCAAACCAAGGCUUCCAACAAGGUCGACAACAAGAAGAAAGGGAAGGGGAGAGCUCCCGUCAAGAACAACGAUCCAAAGGGAAAGGGAAAGGCAAGAGCCUAGACGCGCGGUCUACUGUAGCAUCAUUUACGUCGGAAGGCAUGAAUAAACCCUUCGAUCCAGACUAUGGAGUAAGCUCUAAAAAGAAAGAGAAACCUCCAAUGUUACCGCAAUUUAUGGAACUUGGCCUUUCAAUGGGACGUCGGUACGUUAUUAAAACGAUCGCAAGUAUCCCGGAAGAAGCCCUCAAGGAGAUGCGAAAGCACGCGUUCUCUCCUAAAAGGGACAAGAUCCAAAAGUUUCUUAUCGAUAACAACUAUGUUAUUACGAUGACAGAUAAGAAUCUUGGCCUCGCGGUGUCUGAACGCGACUGGAUAUUAAGGAACGAGCUCAAUCUUCUUGAAGAUGAACGCAACUACGAAGAGUUAGAAUUCGAAGUUGCUCAAGAAGUUAUGAAGAGCAAAAUGAUUCAGAUGCAAACUCUUGCACGUACCGUCGAAGAUGAACAUCUGUUUCUAUUUGAACUUGGGUUGUCUCGAUUUUUUCUAUCGAAUGUACCGGAAGAUGGAUCAUCGUUCAAGUAUCCUCAAUUUCAUGGUAUACCUAAAAUCCACAAGAAACCUACUGGAUUUAGGCCCAUAAUUCCGUGUCACUCUGUAGUAUUUAAUCCUGCAGCCAAGUUUGUAUCAAAAGAGCUUAAGCCGAUUAUUAAAUCGACUCCUUCAAUCAUUCACGGAACGAAGGAUCUCUUUACGAGAUUAAGCCAAUUGCGUAUAGACUCCAAAAGACAAUGGUAUUUUGUCACUGGAGAUGUAGUUGCUUUCUAUCCCAAUAUUCCGUUGGACUUGUGCAUCGAAAUCGUUUGUAGUAUGUACGAGGAAUGGUUACUCAACACUUCGGAAGAAAACACUACAUUAGCCCACAUUAAGCCAAAUUCGUUAGAGAAUAACUUGGUUAAAUUGGGCAUCUUUAAACGUGCUAUCGAGAUUGGCAAUACGCAAUUGAUAACACAACAUGGGUCUAGAUAUUUUAGACAAAAAAAUGGCCUCGCAAUGGGCGUCGCGGAUUCUCCGGACCUUGCUAACCUCUUUGGAGCCCAUUUUGAAAUAAAGUCAAAAAUCUUAGACCACCCAAACGUGGCCUUCUAUGGAAGGUACAUCGACGAUUGUUUCGCAAUUGUUUACGCCGAGUCCAAAGCACUUGCACUUAAUCUUAUUAAAGAAACAAUAAAGUUCGAUGGUUGUGUUAUCGAAUGGGCUGUUUCCUCGUCGGGAUGUCAAUUUCUCGAUGCUUUCAUAUUCAAGGAGUCUGGAAAACUUCAUUGGAAGCCAUUUGUCAAGACAGGAAACAACCGAGAACGAGUUCCAUGGGUAUCACAUCAUCCUUUGGACGUCAAACGUGGCGUCUACAUUGGAGAGUUAUCCAGGCUAGCCGUGCUAUGUAGUACCAAGGAAAUCUACAUCGGAGCAAUUAGAGACCUUAACGCUCUCUAUUUGAUGCGCGGUUAUCCCGAAAACCUAGUCAUGUCUUGGUGUAAGAAGAAUAUACAAGAACGUUGGGAAAAGCGAUUUGCUUUACGAGUCGCAGAGCACGACGAAUCCAUUCUUGUACUUAAAACCAGGUUUGAUCAGGUAUGGAAUUGGUUUUCAGCUGCUGAACUUGGAAAAACUGUUACCGAGUACUGGUCGGCAUGGUAUGAACAUGCCGAGAAAGGUCUGUAUAGUGCAGACUCGUCCAGACCCCUUAUCAAACCAGAUCCAAAUUACGUUCACGACCUCGAUGAUGUUCGCCCGGAGCUGUUCACACAGAUCCUCGUGGACGGAGAAACUGAGUUCGUACCGGAUUUGAGGAAGAUAGGACUACUCGGAAGUAGUUGGAUAGUAUCGCGAAAGCGCAAUACUAAUCUUUUCGACCUUGCAAAUGUGUGGAAGAAAACAGUUUUUCGUAAACUGGAUGAAGACAUUGCCGAAAAAGGUGGUGUUGUUCCCGAAACUCAAAACGUUAAUGAAACUUAUCAUUCUGCUCUAGUUGAAGCUGCUGAACAGAUAAGUAUCGAAAGCGAUAACGAGAUAAUACUUCAUAGACGUUCAAUCUCACAAGAGAGGGAACAUCCAGAAUUCGGCAGAAUAUCCAAAUCUUACAACCGAUGA